GCAACAACAACAGUAACCUAAAGCCAGGUGUAGCCGCCAAACUGAACGGUGGUGACGGCAAAGUCAUUCCACACCGUCCGUCCCAAAUUCCACGUGUCACUCUCUCAAUUCACCAACCCCUCCUCCAUUCUCGCUCCCCCUCUUAUCCCUCCCCCCAAAACCAAAUAAAAAAAGAACAACAACAACACAGCGUGCGAUUAAUUAGAAUUAAUCGAUUAAUGUCUCGGCACUGCGAUUGUUGUUGCGGCGGAAUCCCACCUGGGAUUCUGCUAAUACGAGGAAAGCAAUGGAACCUCCAGACGCACCGCUACAUGGUGCUCCUCACCACCUUCGUCGCCUACGCGUGCUACCACGCGUCAAGAAAACCCACCGGAAUAGUCAAGAGCGUCUUAUGCCCCGAACACAAAGGAACCUCGCAAGGCUGGAGCCCAUUCAACGGUCACGAUGGAACGUCGAAGCUGGGCGAAAUCGACGUGGCGUUCUUAGCGUGUUACUCUAUCGGGAUGUACGUGGCGGGGCACUUAGGAGAUACCCUCGACCUUCGCUUGUUCCUGGCAACCGGAAUGGUCGGUAGCGGGAUAUUCGUAUCACUCUUCGGAAUGGGAUACUUCUGGAACAUACACUCUUUUUUGUUCUACCUUUCAAUGCAAAUGAUUGCUGGCAUGUUUCAGGCCACGGGGUGGCCUUCGGUUGUGGCGGUUAUCGGUAACUGGUUCGGGAAGAGGAAGAGAGGGCUCAUAAUGGGGGUGUGGAACGCGCAUACCUCGGUGGGUAACAUUAGUGGUUCCCUUCUUGCGGCGAGUGUUUUGGAAUAUGGGUGGGGUUGGUCUUUUGUGGUGCCUGGUGCUUUGAUUGUUGGUGGUGGUGUGGUUGUGUAUUUGUUUCUGGCUCCUUAUCCUGAGGAUGUAGGGUUCUCUUGUGUUCAUGGUGGUGGUGAUGAAGAGGCUCAGGUGAAUGAUGAGAAAGGUGGUGGUGUUCCUACUAGAGAAGGGUCCGUGAAUAGAAAAAGCGUUGGGCUUGUUGAGGCGUGCAUGAUUCCUGGUGUUAUACCUUUUGCGCUGUGCCUUUUCUUCGCCAAGCUUGUUGCCUACACGUUCUUGUAUUGGUUACCCUUUUACUUGACUCAGACAGAAAUUGGUGGGAAGUAUAUCUCGGUUAAGUCUGCUGGAAACCUUUCAACCUUGUUCGAUGUAGGGGGCAUUGUUGGGGGUAUUCUUGCUGGCUACGUAUCUGAUAAACUCAAUGCCCGUGCUAUAACUGCAGCCAGCUUCAUGUAUGCAGCAAUUCCUUCUAUGCUUUUAUACCGGCAUUAUGGAAGUGUUUCUAUGAAUGCCAACAUUGGACUUAUGAUGGUGACUGGAUUAUUUGUAAAUGGACCUUAUGCACUUAUCACCACGGCUGUCUCUGCUGACUUGGGUACACAUAGUUCUCUCAAAGGAGAUUCUCGUGCUCUAGCUACAGUGACUGCCAUUAUAGAUGGUACUGGAUCUGUUGGUGCAGCUCUUGGCCCUCUUCUCACUGGGUUCAUUUCAACAAGGGGAUGGAAUGAAGUUUUCAUGAUGCUAGUUCUUGGUGCUUUUAUUGCGGGGCUUCUUUUGUCGCGUUUGAUCAUAGCAGAAAUUGCAGAGAGAAGUGGCAAACCUUUAUCAAGUGGACAGCAAAAUCCUGAAGCCACUGCAUCUCAACCGCUUCUGGAGGAGGAUAGGUGACAGUGAUCAGUUCCUUGUGAAUCGUCAAAUAUAAUGCUCAAUACGUGGGUUGUAAUAUGAGAAAGUUGUAAGAUUUUGUUAAUAACUAACUCUAGCAUUCAGCACCCACUUCAUUGUUCAUUUUAUUGAUGAGUAAAUCAACAAUUAGACUUAAAAUCCAUUCAUUCAGCUCUCCAAUCAUCAAUUUGUUGUCUAGACUCUGGAAGGUUCCAAAGGGGAUCAGAACUCACAACUGGGGAUGGAACUCGAUUCCUUUUCAUCGUGAAUUGAUUUUCUGAAGGGACAAUUGUGGAGAUUUACUGCUUGCUCUGAAUCAUCUUGACACUAGAUAUUCCAAAGUGACAUUUGUUCCAUUACUUCUUGUGUCACACUCAUAUUGAAGGAGCCUCCGUUUUCAAUUUUGUCUGCAGCAGAUUAGAAUUUAUUGCCAAAUUUCUAUCUUGAUCACAACCCAAAGCCAAAACCCCCUCCACCCAUCUCAAAUUUUGUUAUCAUAAGAUGUUUAGUUAAUUCAACUUGUACAUGAAAAUAAAUAAAUGAAUAUAUCUCGGUAUAUACUAUGAUACGUGUGUUAGUUUUGUUUCUGAACUCUGCUUUAUGUAUGAGUGGCGAGUAGACCCUCAUUUUUUCUCGCC